AUGUUGAAUAAUGCUAUCAAUGGUGUUCUUACAAAAAGCAAAGUUGGAUCAAAACCAUUUCAACAUAGAAUAUUUAAUGAUAUGAUUAAACGUAAUCAAUAUUAUGAAGACGUUGAAAAAACAAAAUAUCGAUUGGAGAAAUCCGCACCAAAUGUACAAGAUGUUAAUCAUACAAAUAUAAAACGAGUGAAGACAAAGAAAGUUGAUCAACGAAAAAUCAAUCAUGUUCUUCCUGAACCCAGAGAUUUAAAUCGGCGAUACAAACAAGAAUUAUCAUAUUUACAAAGUGAUAAACGUGAUAAUGAACGUGGUUUAAUACAUCUGAAUAGUGAUCCAAUUAAAAUAUCAUCACGUCCUUCGAUUAAUCAAUCUUCAUUAGUUUAUCAAAAUAAAAAUUCAUCCCUAAAUCAUAAACAACGUUUAUCAUCAAUUAGUGAAGAAAAUUCAUUGAUACGUAUUAUCGAGAAAUCCCCAUCAGUUCUCGGAUGUUCAUCAUUAAUAAAUCAAAGUCAAACAUCACGGAAUCACAUAAUACCAAUUCACGAACGAUCAUCAAUGAAUAAAAUAAAUUCAAGCCAACAACAUGAUCGUUGGUUACGUAAAUACAGUUUGCAACAAAAUAUUGCUAAAACAAGUGAUGAUCGUUUUUUUCUUCAACAACGUUCUCAUUUAAAUAACCAACAAAAACGAUUAAUUGAACAAAAAUUAAAAGAAUUUUUAUAUUGA